GAAAGCAUUAGUGCACCAUACAUUCAUGACGCCAUGCGUCCGUGCCGUGCGUGCGGUGGUUCCGCACGAGCCGCUGGCGCGAAUGGGAUACCAGCAGUACUGGACAAACCUGUUGCCACUGCUGCCUUUGCCUCAGUUACAUAGUGUAGACUUAAACCCUAGAACCUCCACUUUGCAUCUUUUGUUUGCUCCACAAUGGACAGUUGCGCACUGAGUUAACGGGCGUAGUUAGUUCGCCCCAUGCCCAGCACUACUGCAACUGUUACCACAAAAACAAUGGCGUCAGCAGGCGGCAGCAAGCGCUUCCAAAAGUACCUCGCGUGCGCUUCGGAAGCGCACCGAUUGGCCGAGGAUGAGACCAGCCGUCGCGAACCGAUACGCAAUCCUGGCAAUUUGGAGCUAUUCUACUUCCUCAAGGCUGCAAAGCAACUAGAACAUGCUAACCAAGACAGCCAAGGAGGAGGCAAGAACUACUUUUAUUUCAACCUUGCGAAAGCCGUGCAAGGUAUAGGCCAGCACCCGACGCGCAUUCGCAACACAAAGCAGCUAAAGGAGGUCAAGGGCAUUGGAGAGUUCAUCUGCAAGAUGGUAGACGAGGCGCUAUGGCGCGAGUACCCGCCCCCCGAACCGGAUUCCGAGGAGGAGCAGCUGGAAGAGGAGCUCAGGCAGUCACAGCAGGCGCUAGCAGGCGCUGGCGGCGGCGGGGGCGGUGGCACCGGUCGCGGCCGAGGACGUGGCGGCAAGGCAGCCGCUGCCGCGGCCGCAGCGGCGGCUAACCUGGGGCCCCAUGACAUUCCCUUUGGGGAUGCGAUUGUAGUGGGCGGCGGCGGGGGUGCUGACGGCGACGGCGGCGAUGCAGGAGCUGCGGGAACGGCAGCAGGACGGGGACGGGGUCGUGGAAGGGGACGCGGCCGCGGGGCGGCAGCAGCUGGAGGCGCAGGAAGGGGCCGGGGGCGCGGGCGAAAGCGUGCUGGUGGAUCGGACAGCGGCAGCGAGGGCGAUGGGGCCGAUGGGAUGGGCACGCAGGGCGGUCUGGGCAGUCAGCUGGGGGGCGGCGGGUUGGGUGCUGGUCUAGACCAGUUCGCCGCGCUCAGCGGUGGUAUCGGCGGCUUCGGAGGCGGCGUUGGCAGCAGCCUGGGCUUGGGCGUGGGGCUAGGAUCUGCUAGGUCGGGAGCAGCGGCCGCUAAUGGCAGCGGGGCGU